UGCAUGAACUACACAACACUAGUCGAAAGUCGACUGAGAUACCCCUACUCAAAGUCUUGUUGGUUGAACGUGUAAAUUGCCAAGUUCUGUGAGAGUUUAAGAAAAACAAAGGCCGCGAGUCUUUUUGUGUUGUUUGGUUUUGUUGUUGUGAAAUUGAUACAAUGCUGUUUUAUUAAAUCGCCGAGAAAUUUGUUUACAAAAAAAUAUUUCCAUAAACAUACCAUACAAAACACACGAGAGAUCAAAAGGCCGCAAAUCACAUACUAAAGAUAAUGUCCAGUUUUCGCAAAAGAAAUGUACAAAAACAAAUACCGUUUACAAGGACCAGCCCUCAAACAGGUCAGGUGAUAACCUCAAGUGGUAAUCCGUCUUUGGAUGUAAUCCUGGGUGGUGGUUUGCCCAUCGGUUCAAUAUGUUUGAUCGAAGAAGACAAAUUUGUUACCUAUUCCAAAGUGCUGGCCAAAUACUUUAUGGCCGAGGGCAUUGUGUCAAAGCAAACCGUUUUCCUUGGCAGCUUAGAUGACAGCCCCAACUAUUUCAUUGUAAAAUUACCCAAGCCCUUGAAUGAGGAUGAAAUUGAAAAAGAUAAAAUUGAAUCCCAAAUUGAGGCUCAAGAAAACCCGGAUACUACCAAGAAUGGAUUACGCAUUGCCUGGCGUUACAAUGAUUUGCCCAUGGUUAAUUCAGAAAAAACACAAACACAAAUAGGUCAUCAUUUCAAUUUAAUGGAACACAUGGAUGUAAACAUGUUCGAAAAUGCCGAUACGGUUACAUGGCCAGACGAUUCGUUGGAUAAUGAGAUUGUUGUCAAUCAAGAUGAUGAUGACGACGAUGAAGAAGAAGUCGCCAAUUUGUACGACAAUGACAGUGAUGCCACGUACGUUAUGGAUUCUAGCAAAGAAAUGGAACAAGAGAAUGCCAACAACACUUCCAAUUCUCUAAAUCCUUCAAAUACGGGAAAUCCGACCACCGAUGAUAAAAAUGCAACGGGAUCCACAGAGACAUCAUCAUCGUUGCCCACACCGCCACCACCAAUUUGUAAGGCACCAACAAAAACCCAACUAUUUGAAAAUUCCAAAUAUUUAAGUCUACUCAAAGAGGUACAACAGCUAUUGCGAGAUGACAAAUUCCAUUCGGGUGGUUUCCUAAUAAAGAAAAGUCUAUGUCGCGUCUGCAUCACUUCGCUGGGUUCACCGAUGUGGUAUGAUGACAACUAUGGAAAUGAUUUGUUAAAAUUCUUAACCAUUUUGAGGGCGGCAGUACGUUCAUCGGUGUCGGUUUGUUUUAUAACAAUGCCAAUGCAUUUGGUUGCAAAAUAUGAUGAAUCCUUGGUUUCAAAAAUACGUAACUUGGUCGAUUAUGCCAUUGAACUCGAGUCCUUUGCUGGAUCGGAUAAGGAAACAAAUCCCGCCUUCAAGGAAUACCAUGGACUGAUUCAUUUACGUAAAAUAACAGCCAUUAACACAUUAAGUGCCUAUAUGCCUGAAACUACUGAUUUGGCGUUUAAACUAAGACGCAAAAAGUUUGUCAUUGAAAAACUACAUUUGCCUCCAGAAUUACAAGAAGAUAACAAGGAUGCGGAUCAAAAGCCCACAUUAAGCUGUGGCAGUAACAUCAGUCCAAAUGUUAAAAAUUCGUUGGAUUUUUAAAUAGAGUGCAUUAAACAAAACAAAAUAAUAACAAAAACAAAAGUACAAGCAACACGUUAACCAAUAAAACGGCCUAAACAGAAAACGAAAACACAUAUAUUUUGUAUAAAAAGAACUAAAACGAAAAUCACCAAAAUAAAUUUUUUAACAAACAGAGUGACAUGUGUGAGAAUAUGUUCCAUUUUAAUGAAUUCAUUGUUUGCAUAUUAAAAAAAAACAUAAACCAUAUUCAUAUAUUUUAGUUGUAAUUUUCAAUUUGGUCGUACAUUAGAUUGGUUUUAUUAUGUGAGUUGAUCCUGUGCGAGACCCUCUUCAUUUUAAAAACAAAAAGUUAUGUAAAUUAUAAAGUGUGUUCAUAUCAUUAUCGAUUUGAUUUAAAUUCAUACCAAUAAAAGCCCAAUAUUUGUACAAAUGAAAAA